UAUUCUUUGCAUCAGUUCUUUUCAAGUAACUUGUCGUCAACGUAUCUUGUCUUUCUUUAAGUCUAUUAAUUGUCUUCUCCUAAAAGAUGGCAAAGGCCCCAGCUGUAGGCAUCGAUCUCGGCACUACCUACUCCUGUGUUGGUGUCUUCCAACACGGUAAAGUAGAAAUCAUCGCUAACGAUCAAGGAAACCGAACUACUCCAAGUUAUGUCGCCUUCACCGAUACUGAACGUUUGGUGGGCGACGCAGCCAAGAAUCAAGUCGCCAUGAACCCAGUAAACACAGUUUUCGAUGCCAAGCGAUUGAUAGGGCGUCGCUUUGAAGAUCCUGGUGUUCAGGAUGAUAUGAAACACUGGCCUUUUCACGUUGUCUCUGAAAGCGGAAGACCCAAGAUCGAAGUAGAAUUUAAGGGAGAGAAGAAAAGCUUCUUUGCCGAAGAGAUAUCUUCAAUGGUUUUGAAUAAGAUGAAGGAAACUGCCGAAGCUUAUCUGGGCACCAAAGUAACGGACGCUGUUGUCACUGUACCAGCCUAUUUUAACGAUUCCCAACGACAAGCUACUAAAGAUGCCGGGGUAAUUGCUGGUAUCAACGUGUUGCGUAUUAUCAAUGAGCCAACAGCUGCAGCCAUUGCAUAUGGUUUGGACAAGAAAGUUGGUGCUGAACGAAAUGUCCUUAUCUAUGAUCUGAGUUGGAAGGUGUAUGCAACCCAAUCAUCACUAAGUUGUACCAAGGCGCUGGUGGUGCUCCCCCUCCAGGUGGAUUCCCAGGAGCUGCACCCGGUGGAGCUGCACCAGGAGAUGGUGGAUCAUCUGGACCAACCAUUGAAGAAGUUGAUUAAACCAGAACCGGAAAACAAAACCUGAUCAGUGUAAUUCCAAGAAAAGCUUAUGGUUUCAAGUGACACAAUAUUAUUAUUAUUAAGUUAGUGCGUUUCUUCUUAAAUGAUUGUUGUAAUCUAGUUGAAAUUGGAAAGCAACAUUACAUAUUUAUAUUUGAUACAUUUCAUUUUAUUAUGAAGCAGCCUAGUUGAUAAAUGUUCGCAGCACUAAACAAUCAAAUGUUCUAUUUCUGCUUUCAUUAUUCUACUAUUAAUUAUUGUACAAUGUUUCGAAUUUGUAAUUCAUUGAUUAAUAAUUAUUAUGAACUAUUUACUAAUAAUAAUAUUGUUUUGUAGGUUGUUACUUAAGUUUAGCAAUAAACCCAUUGGAUAUGUCCAAAA